CGUCAAGACCCUUGCCGCCGUGAGAUACUGACGAUUCUGCAUGGCCGAAGCCGUCACACGGCGCGAUGAGGUGGGCGAUUGCAUGCGGUUAUAUACUACCCUGGUUCCCUGAUUCAAUUACUUCAACCAGUUGAUAACUCUUUCGUCACUUGUUUAGAUCGUCAUAAUAAAUCUAACUGCAUACACAUACUUGAUCUCCUUUACAUGGUUGAAACUGAGCACGCUUCUUCUGCAUAUCACCGACGUCAUGAAUCAGUUCCAGCUAUUCCCGUCGCCCUCGGAGAGCAGAGCGCCUAGGGACGUUUCACAAUGGGCAAGGAAAAGACCAGCCAUUAGAACGCACACUGAUACAAUACCCAUGGAAGAGCUCCAUGGCAAGAAUAGCCCGACAGAAGCAGUGAUCUUCAAGCUGAUCGACGACACCAACUCUAUCAAGCCACCUCCCAAAGCAGUCUCCAGAUCAACUCCCGUCUCCAUCCCGGAGACAAUCCAAGAACGAACCAGGUCACCUUUGUAUGAUAACGUGCGACAGCGUCCGACAGAGCGAGUUGGCUCUCCGUCACAUUCGGCCAGGACCAGAGAGCCUUCUCGUUCCCAGGACAGCUCACCAGCCGCGGCUCCGGUGGUGCCGAUGAAGUCGAGAUUUCGAUAUAACCUUGGUCUACCGUUGAACCAGCAAUACUAUCCAGAGCCCUCAUACAAUGGCCACCGGGAAUAUCCCAGGCCUGCUGAUAUGGUACCCCCGUCUGCUCCAGAGAUCGAUCAAGCUCUUGGGCCCAAGACAGUUCCUGCGAGUGUGAUGAACUUUCCUGUUGGCGUCCUUGACCCAGUGGAGACAUAUUCAUCUCAGGAAGAAUUAAAGAGUCUAUGGGAAGUUGCCAAUGGUCAACGCCCCCGGAAUAUACCUGGAACAUCCAACCUGCGCAUUGAACGAAUUGACACUGAUACCCUUGCUUUUGGACAUCCCAAUGCACCUUUCUACACAAUGCGAACCUUAGGAAAGGACAUAUCCAUCAUACGGAGGAACCCUUCCAAGCAGGAAAGCAGUGUCCCUGUAAUGAACCUGAAAUUGGAGGCAAAAUCCCGUCGCCAACCACCUUACGAUGGACUGGUCUCCAUUUUAUUCCCCCGAUUGGCAGCCAUUCUUGCCAUCGACCAAGCCACAGAGCUGGCGGAAGAGCUUCGGCUCUCAGCGUCCGAGGCAGUCCAGGCGGAAGGGGAUGCACUCAAGCGAGUAGCAGCCCAGGAAUCCUGCAAGCUGCUAUGGAGCCAAUCGAAACAGGUGUACGAGCUUCACCACCCGGCACUGAGUAAGCUUCCCGCGUUGGUUGGUGCCGCGGGCAUUCCUUUGUCGCCCGUGCAGUCAAAGUAUUCGGGGGUGCUUCACAUUAUAGUUUCCUGUCCUUCCAGGGAGGGAGAAGCUCCCACCAUACUCGUCACCACGCCUCUACCAGCCAAUGCUGUCGAAAGUGCUAUGCCCGCUACGCCUCGCACAUCCACGCUGCCCCUGACCGAUACGGACGAGCCCCUGGCGUCGUUGGACUUGAGGAGCAUGACGUUGACCAUAGCUACUGUUGCCAUUGUGGAGACGAUUCCAUCUCUGUAUGCCAUCGAUUCGCUUGUUUCUGCCAUACUCGCUGUGGCGGCGUCGGACGAGUCUACCAGGUGUGUUCUCGAGGGGCUAAAUGUGUAUUCAGCCUCGGGGAAUGAAUCAUUUGGUACCAGCCCCGAUGGGGACAUGAUAACCCUGGCGGAACGCGAAGACGAUACAGAAGGAAGCCGGCUCUGGUCGAAGAUGAAAUCACGGCCUGAUUCGAAACAACGGAAGUGGUAUCAGUUCUGGGGCCAGUCCAAGCCGAAGAACCGAGAGAUUGUGGUGGAGGAGUUCGACAUGGACAAGUAUGGACGGUACGGGGGUGGGUCGCGAGAGGGACAGCAGCUGCCAUGGAUUACGCGGGCAUGUGUGCGGGUGCUGUUCUGGAGUUUGAGUGUGAUGGUACACACACUGACAGCGAUUGUCAAGGGGAUGGCCUGGUUGGUGGUGAACUUGACUCGGUGUGUGACGAGGAGCUGAGUACACGUUAUACGACCUGUGGAGUUAUGAUGUUAUGAGGCGUUUUUCUGGGAACUAUGCCAUUAUUCUGCGCGGAGAUAUUCUCCAUGACAUUCUUGAUCAUGUAUAUCCUAGGUAUAGUUGUUGUUUGACAGCUACAGUGAUGGAGCAACCAUCACCACAACAAUCGAU